ACAAUAUGGCUGCUCCCAGCUGGGAGGCGAGUUUCCCGGUUAGAGAGGCAGAGGCCGGCCUGGGCGCCCUCGGUGGCGAAAGAAGAGGCGCCUGAGAGAUCGUGUGGUUUGGCGCUGACGCUACACGGCUGGAACGGGCUGGCCUUGCUGGGGGUGCCAAUGGCAGGCAGCGUGGACGAGGAGGCGUUGCACCAGCUGUACCUGUGGGUAGACAACAUUCCCUUGUCCCGGCCCAAGCGAAAUCUCUCCAGAGACUUCAGUGAUGGAGUCUUGGUCGCAGAAGUCAUCAAGUUUUACUUCCCCAAGAUGGUGGAGAUGCACAAUUAUGUCCCCGCCAACUCUCUCCAACAGAAGCUUAGCAACUGGGGUCACCUAAACAGGAAGGUGCUGAACAAGCUAAACUUCUCGGUACCGGAGGACGUGAUGCGCAAGAUCGCGCAGUGCGCGCCAGGCGUGGUGGAGUUAGUGCUCAUUCCGCUGAGGCAGCGUCUGGAGGAGCGCCAGAGGCGCAGGAAGCAGGGCGCGGGCUCUUUACAGGAGCUGGCUCCCCAGGAUGGCACUGGCUACAUGGAUGUGGGUUUGUCCCAGAAGGCCCGAGGGGAAGGUGCCCCGGACCCCCAGGGAGGAGGGCAGCUCAGGGGGGGCCGGCCGCCCGCGCCCAGACCUCCGGGAUAUAGUCAGGCACUGCAGGGCGACCCAAGCUUCGUCCUCCAGAUCGCUGAAAAGGAACAGGAGCUGUUGGCCUCGCAGGAGACUGUGCAGGUCCUGCAGAUGAAGGUGAGGCGCUUGGAGCACUUGCUCCAGCUCAAGAACGUGCGCAUCGACGACCUCUCCCGGCGGCUCCAGCAGGCAGAGCGUAAGCAGCGAAUGGACCGCUUUCCAGAACCCAGAAGCCACAUGCAGAGACCUGGCAUGCUCCCCAAAGCCGUGCCCGACACCAGGAGCCCCACCUCGAUGCUCCCUGCUCUGGGCUUUAGAGGGCGGUGCCCCGACUCGGUGCACACCCCUAGAAACAGGUCCCCGCCCAGCUCUGAGGACAGCGGCGUCUCCCUCCAGGCUAGUUCUCUGCCAUCUGGGCCUCGGGGAAAGCUGCCCGAGGCAGCUGAGGGAGACUCUUCCCUCUCCUGCACGCUCACCUGGGACCCCGCUAGAGGCUGGAGAGCACAACAGCUGGAGAGGAAGGGGUGAGGAGUGGCUUCAGCCUAGAGUGGGGAAGACAUGAGCUGUGCCUGUUCCAACCACCCUCCCUUCCUAUGGGGGCACCUUUGAGAAUGCUUUGUAGACACGGGACCGCACUACCCCCAUUAAAGAAACGCUCUUUCCUGCGA